CGCAGACGCGGCCCGGGCGCGCGGCCGGCGGCGGUUGGUGGCUUGCGGGGCCGGCGGGCGGUUGCCGUGAGUAGCACCCGCGCUCAGGCACCCAAAGCCGGCGCCAUGGUGGAGAAGGAGGAGGCGGGCGGCGGUAUCAGCGAGGAGGAGGCGGCGCAGUAUGACCGGCAGAUCCGUCUCUGGGGAUUGGAGGCCCAGAAACGGCUGCGGGCCUCCCGAGUGCUUCUUGUUGGCAUGAAGGGACUUGGGGCUGAAAUCGCCAAGAAUCUCAUCCUGGCUGGAGUGAAAGGAUUGACCAUGCUGGAUCAUGAGCAGGUAUCUCCAGAAGAUCCUGGAGCCCAGUUCCUGAUCCGUACUGGAUCUGUUGGCCGAAACAAGGCCGAAGCCUCUUUGGAGCGAGCACAGAAUCUCAACCCUAUGGUGGAUGUGAAGGUGGACACUGAGAAUAUAGAAAAGAAGCCUGAGUCGUUUUUCACCCAGUUUGAUGCUGUAUGUCUGACUUGCUGCUCCAGGGAUGUCAUAGUUAAAGUUGACCAGAUCUGUCACAAAAAUAGCGUCAAGUUCUUUACGGGAGAUGUUUUUGGCUACCAUGGAUACACAUUUGCCAACCUUGGAGAGCAUGAAUUUGUAGAGGAGAAAACCAAAGUUGCCAAAGUUAGUCAAGGAGUAGAAGAUGGACCUGAUACCAAGAGAGCCAAACUUGAUUCAUCUGAGACGACCAUGGUCAAAAAGAAGGUGGUCUUCUGCUCCAUCAAAGAAGCGCUGGAAGUGGACUGGAGCAGUGAUAAAGCAAAGGCAGCCCUCAAGCGCACGACUCCAGAUUACUUUCUCCUUCAAGUGCUCCUGAAGUUCCGCACAGAUAAAGGAAGAGAUCCUAGUUCUGAUACCUUUGGGGAAGAUUCUGAGUUGUUGCUCCAGAUUCGAAAUGAUGUGCUUGACUCCCUGGGUGUUAAUCCUGACCUGCUUCCCGAAGACUUUGUCAGGUACUGCUUCUCCGAGAUGGCCCCAGUGUGUGCAGUGGUUGGAGGGAUCCUGGCACAGGAAAUUGUGAAGGCACUGUCUCAAAGGGACCCUCCUCACAACAACUUCUUCUUCUUUGAUGGCAUGAAGGGGAACGGGAUUGUGGAGUGCCUUGGCCCCAAGUGAACCCGACACUUGGCAGCCCCAGCAGUGCUGCCCCGAGGCAUGCCCAUGUGUGACCCCUGUCCCCUUCCCCCUUGAAGGCCUCUCCGGGCGAGGGAAAGUGAAGUCAUUGAACCAGUACAGACCAUUUCCUGCGAGCAGUGAGGUCGUGCAGAUGUGUUGCGCCAGUGGCUGCUAAGCAAGGGGCGUGAGUCCUGGCUGUGGCCAUGCCCGCUCGCCUGCACGGCCAGCGCCUGCCUGCCAGCCCCCUCUGACUCCUGGUCACAGCAGGAACCAGUACGCCUUGUUGCUUAGAAGCCUCUUGCCACCUUCUUGGCCUUAGUCCCCGCCUGAUGUCACGCAGAGAGGAGCGUGACUUCAGGUGGGGAAUAAGGCCCGGGACCCAUGAAACACAGGGGACCACAGUUCCAAUUGCAGACAGGUGCCCUUAGAGAGGAAAAAACAUGGCAGGCGGAAUGUAUUUCCUCCAAAGUUUGAGACUCUGAAAAACAACAGGUGGCAUCUGGUGUGCUGUUCUUGAGUUUUAGUUUAGGAUUAGUUGAGUUCCAGCCUGGAUUUUGGACGAGAGGAAACAUUACCAAGUUCUCUUGGGUAUUAGGGUGAAAGCUUGCAAAUGGAAUAUUAGUGGGAAAGCUCGUUUUAAAAAGGCAGAUGCCCGGGUCCCACCCCCUGGGGACUCUGACUCCCUGGCGCCGAGCUAGGACAGAGGAACCUGCCCUUCCCACAGAGCCCCGCGCUGCUGCCGUGCAGACACUCGCUCUGAAAGCUGUCACGUUUAAGGGCUAUGUCAGUCCUUCAUUUACCCCCUGAAUUGCAGCUGUUCGUGUUUUUUUUAUAUUUUCUAUAUUUCCUUGGUUCUUUAAAAAGGAAUGAUAGAAAUAAAGUUAUUUGCUUUAGGA